GUCCGCCACUGAUUAUGGGAUGUGGAAAGUCUUUUUUCUUAUUUGAUUUGUUUUGUUUUGUUGUGUUUUAUGAUGGGCGUAAAGCCGAAUAAACAUAUUCGCGUUUUUUCUUAAUGCCAACUUCAUGACUUAUGGAGAACUCAUGCGACCGGUUUUCAAAUGCUACAUUUGUCCUAAGAUAUUCUUUCUCCACUCCACACCCUGCCCACAUUAUGCGAUUGUAGGGAAAGAAUAGAGAACAACAAUCCACAAUCAGAGACAGCGAUCAAAAUGACAACCUAAAAUGGCAAGGGCGGACAAAAAGGGGAAAGGGGGAAGGAACCGCCCACAACGUAAAAAGCCCGAAACUGCUGCCAAGAAUGCGCCAGCAAAACCAGAAGCCAAGGGUAAGACCGGCGAUCUUUGGAAACGGGGAGUAACGUGGGCCAACUCCCCUGUGGGUAAAGCUGCCGCCGCAUGCUGUGCCACAGUCCUCUUCCUCGGCACAGUUGCAUUGGUCACAGUGUAUGUUCUCAAUUAUAAAAAGCAUACGCAAAAGUUAGAAGCAGAGCAGAGGAUUCGCGAUUUUGCUAAUACCUACUACCCAAAGUGGAACAGUCUGAAUGAUUAUGGGAAAUUUGCAAUGGUUGUGAACUUAUCGGACUAUUUUGUCAAUUUGACUCUGCUAAACGAUGAACUGCAACUUGAAAUUGAUGAUGUUCGGCAGAAGCUUAAUUCAGGAUGGAAGGUCUUUAGAUGGAACAUCUAUUUGUUUUCCAAUGACAAAGUAUCAUGGGCAGCUGCUGUGAAUAGAUGUCAGGAGGUUAAUACCAAUCUGGCUUCCAUUUCAACCAAGGAAGAGCAGCUCUAUGUAGAUACAGAAGUUAAGAAUCAGAAAGGCACUUUUUGGAUUGGCCUCAAGAAGAACCCAAAAAAACCUCGUGGUCUCGGAUGGGUUAGUGGUGAAGAUGUUAAAGUAACAUAUUGGGAUAGCUCCACACGCCAGCCAGAUGCCGAAACAGGUGAAGACUGUGUUUUAGUUGAAAAGGUGUGUCCACUGCUAAGUUGCUGGCAUGACUAUCCUUGCUUUUUGCAAACAAAUUAUGUUUGUAAGAAGUCACCUGAUCCGAAGUUUAUGGGAGCCAUGCCUUAAGAUGAAUGGAACAGGAUUCAACCAUCCCUAGAGAAAAGCAGUCAGAUAACACUGGAUACAAUAAAAUUAAGAACAGUUCCAUCAGUUGAAAUAAAUUGAAAAUGCGCACCAACAGUUAUUUCCUGUAUUUUGUACAAGGCAUGAAACAAUUACUGCAACAUCACAGGUUAACAUCCCCCAGAUUCAAGCAAAAUAGUCUCUCUCUAACUUCCAAUGGUUUCAAGGCAGGAAAACAUUUUGCAUAGGCUGGACCUACCGGGCACAUGAAAAUCUCUGUCAUAAGAACAUUAGAAGAUUCCUGCUAGGCCAAACAAUCUUGUCCAAAAUUCUGUCUUCACAGUGAC